GUCGCUGAACUCAUAUUUUGUAUUUAAAAGAAAGGGAUUGGGCGCGUGAGAGUCGUCUAGCACUUUGCCAUCUUUAUCAUUUCAAAGCCAAACGUAGUGCCCUGUCCUAGGCUUCCAUUAGCUUUUAUCACUAGUAUGAUUUUAAAAUGGCACUUACCAGCUCGCACGUGCAGCUUCAGCUGCGGCGCACACCGCUGAUGUUGGCCAACGGCCGCAAGUGGUGGAAAGACGGCGCACCGGACUACACCCGUGCCAACCGGCGUCGGAUGGAGUUGGAGCAGCAACGCAUUGCAGCGAGUCAGUACCUGCCGCCCAUCGAGCCCACACCGGAGCAGGCGUGCCAGCUCUACCGCCGUCUCCUGAAGGCAGCUGAGAGGACCCUUGUCGUGACCGAUAAAAGCUUUUUCCGGCGCAAGGUACGGUACGAGUUUGAGGUGACCUCGCGACAGACGAGCUCCAGGGUGCGGGGUAUCAUGUUUGAGAAGGGGCAAUGGAUGGUGGAGAACAAACUCGGCGGGGUUAUGUAA